UCCUCACGCUUGUCACGCAAUUUCCCAACCCCCUUUAUAAACAACCCACACCACUCCCUCACUCUCACACUUCAGCCUCCACAACUCUCUUGUUUCUCUCUCAAGCUUUCUUGUUUCUCUCUCUAAAACUAUCUUCUUCAACACUCUCUCUCUCCGCUCACUGAAUCAAGAUCUAAUGGCGCUUGAAGCUCUCAACUCUCCCACUACACCAUCACCUAAUUCACUCAACUAUGAUAACAUCAACCAUCCCUCUAUUGAGUCAUGGACCAAGGGAAAGCGAUCAAAACGACCGCGUAUCGAACAGUCACCCACCGAAGAGGAGUACCUCGCUCUCUGCCUCAUCAUGCUCGCUCGCGGCGGCGCCGCUUCACAUCGCGUCCACUCCUCACCACCGCCGCCGCCGAAGCCGACGUCGUCUGAUUCGAAGCCCGUCUACAACUGUUCAGUCUGCAACAAGUCCUUCGGUUCCUACCAAGCCCUAGGCGGUCACAAGGCCAGUCACAGAAAACAAGCCGGAGCAGACGAGCAAUCGUCCAAUUCCGCCGCCACCACGACCGCCUCCGCCGCUGCCGGCGGCGUCAGGACUCACGAGUGCUCUAUCUGCCACAAGUGUUUCCCCACCGGACAGGCGUUGGGCGGACACAAGCGGUGCCACUACGAAGGUGCUGCCGGUGCUGCUGCCAGAAGUGGAGUGGCAACCUCGUCGGAAGGAGUGGGGUCCACCAACAGCUACCGAGAUUUUGACCUGAACCUCCCUGCCUGGCCGGAAUUAUCCCCCAAAUUCAAAUUCGGCGAGGACGAGGUGGAGAGUCCUCAUCCGGCGAAGAAGCCUCGUCUUUUGUUGCCGGUGAAAGCUGAAGUCUCUCCCAUAUGAAUCAUAUGAUGAAUACCUUAGCAAAUUAGGGCUACAAUUUAGCAGAUUUGAUUGAGAUCUCACAAUAUUUAUUUAUUUAUUUAUAUAUAUAUGAUUUGGUGAUUUAUAAUUUUAUAUGUACAUAAAAUAUGUAAUUCACCUUAUUUGUGAUAGAGAUUAUUUCAUUUUAUUUAUUAUGAAAGUGAUUUUGGUGCA